AUGGUGACCUUUAAGGCGACUCAUAUUGUAAAGCCUGCUGAGCCAACCCCAGAAGAGAUUAUGUAUUUAAAUGCUUGUGAUCAAAUUAAGGACAUAACACACACACCCACAAUUUAUUUUUACAGAAAUAAUGAUAAGUUGGAUAAUGGAGAUGCUAUUGGUGUAUUGAGGGAUUCAUUGAGCAAGGUUUUGGAGUUAUUUUAUCCACUGGCAGGGCGGCUGAAGUGGUCGGAGGAAGGCGGCAGUCGGGUGGAGCUCCACUGCAAUGGAAGAGGAGUUCCUAUUCAUGAAGCUGUGUCAGAGGCGGCGGUGGAGGAUUUCGGGGAUUUCACCCCAACCCCAGAAAUCCAAGACCUGAUACCCUCUGUAGAUUACACCACUCCAAUCGACGAAAUCCCUUUGGUUAUAGUGCAACUUACCAGGUUUAAAUGCGGAGGCGUUAGCAUUGGGUUGGGUGUAUCCCACGUCAUGGCAGAUGGGCCAAGUGCUUUGCAUUUUGUCGAUGAAUGGGCAAAGAUUGCGAGGGGCGCAGAGCCCAUUAUUCCGCCAUUUCUUGACAGGAAGGUUUUGGAAACAGAUAAACCACUGGCUGCAGAGUUCGACCCGUCGGUGCUCCGCCCACCGCCGUCGCUGCUUGGCGAAGAAGAUAACAUGGAGCAGCGGAAGAAGCCGAUCACCGUCGCCUUUCUGAAUCUGAAAAAAACUCAGAUUGAAAAACUCCGAAACAAAGCCAGCGAGAAUCUGAAUUUGGAAGCCGGAAACAGCCGCGGGUAUAGUAGAUUUGAAGCAGUCGCCGCCCAUAUCUGGCGGUGUACCAGCAAGGCAAGGCGGCAUGUGGCGGAGCAGCCGACGAGUCUCCACUUCGUCGCAGAUUUCCGCAACAAAUUGCGGCCACCACUGCCCAAAAACUUCUUUGGCAACGCUCUCAUCCGCGUUGAAGCCGCAGACACCUCCGGCAACCUCUUGUCAACUCCCAUCGGCGCAGCGGCGCAUAAAAUACGCGCUGCCGUGGAAAAAGUGACAGAUGAGACUGUACGAGGGUACCUCGAUUUCCUCAAGGGAUUACCCGACGUUGGCCGAUUCCGUUCUCUCGACAACAAUGGCCGUCCGAAGGGAGAUUUCUAUGGAAACCCCAAUUUGGCUAUAAUCAGCUGGACGGCGCUGCCGCUGUACGGCGCCGAUUUCGGAUGGGGCAAGGAAAUCCAUAUGGGGCCUGGAUCAAUGGGUUUUGAUGGAAAAACUUUCAUAAUCCCUAGCCAUGAUGGAGAUGGAUCUUUCAAUGUAGCAAUAUGGCUUCAAGAAGAAAACAUGGGUGCUUUCAAGAAAUGCUUCUACGAUGAUAUUUGA